GUGCACCUCGUCACUUCCUUUUCUCUUGGUUGUCUGUCGAUUCUCAAAAUGUCGAUGUUAGAUGGUCCGUUAAAUGUGCUCGGCCAGAGGACAACUGGCGAAUCAGUUCGCACUCAAAAUGUCAUGGCCGCAUCAUCCAUCGCCAACAUCGUUAAGAGCUCACUGGGACCAGUUGGCCUCGACAAGAUGUUGGUGGACGACAUCGGGGAUGUGACCAUCACCAACGAUGGAGCAACCAUCCUGAAGCUGCUGGAAGUGGAGCACCCAGCUGCUAAGGUCUUGUGUGAACUGGCUGAACUGCAGGACAAGGAGGUCUAAGAUGGGACCACAUCUGUG